GUCAACCCUCCAUGUCUCACGCCAUCCCCAAUGGACAGGUACAAGGAAACAACGAAAGCAUCGAGCGACACAUCGGGACUCUCAUGGCACAAUCAGGUCUGUACAGCUACGCAAUGCCAAACUCGAGCCAGCUAGAGCUUGACUCCCUUGAAGAGCUGGACGAGUUCGACUACGACCCCAACUUCUUUGACGGCAUCACAUUCACCAAGGACGAACACGCGGUCGCAAUCCCCGGCGCCAUCAUCGACGCACGAUCUUAUCCAGACUCGCCUUCACUCACAGGCUACACAUCAGAAGAAUCUGGGUAUUCCUCCAACAUGAGCGUCGACGACCAUCACAACCACAACGGCAGCGGCGGCAAGUGGAGCCCCACCUCAGACAGCUCGAGCGCGUCUUCGUCAAAGCGCACAAUCAACGACGGCAUGAUGACCAACGGCAAGACGUCCAUGUUCCGCGGGGUCACGCGCACGAGCAAGACGGCGUGGGGUGCCAAGUACAGCUCCAAGCGCAUCGUCAACACAUGCAAAACCGAACAGGAUGCCGCACGCCAGUACGACGAAUACCUCAAGCUGCACGUCCCGGAGAAGUACCUGAAAUACGCCAACUUUUGCCCCACAUGCGAUAAGUACACCAACUCGCUGGGGUUGCCGUGGGCGGUCAAGGAAUGCCGGUGCAGCGGGGCCGGGUCAGCGGUUGUGGACAUGCCGCCGCUUUUCCUGGCGCGUUCUGCCGCCGCCACCACCCCUUUAACAGACGACGAACGGGAUUAUCGACCAGUGAAUGCUGCUACUUCGACUACACUUACGCCGCACGUCGUGACACCGCCAUCGCCAUUGUUUCGACAUGGCGAGUCGACAGAUACGUUGGACGACUUCGCCGACCUCCUGAAGGACGAACCAAGCGAUUUGAUUUUCCAAGAAAAUGACCGAUACACCGCCGUCAAGAACGAGCCCGACGACGACGACUCGAUGAUGCUGCGCACGUCGUCGUCGUUGCCAGACGACGAGAUUUUGAGCGCUAUCCUCAACGCCCCGGCCAAUUCCAAUAUGUUUGGGUCGUUCCAAAGCUCCGACGAGCCUCCCAUUAGCAGCCGCGCUACCCCCGCGACGGACACGCCGCAACCUCUGGCGUCAUCGCUGAUUGUGACGAUGGAAACGUACUUUUUGCGCAAGUAUUUUCGCAACGACCGCAAAAACUUGCAGUGUUUUCCAUAUUGCCGCGAGCACGGCAACUACUUUGAAGCGAAAAUGAACGGCCUUGAACACACGGGCAAGGGCGUGUGCCGCGCGCCGGUCAAGGCCAAGCUGUUCCACGGGUUGGGCGUCCAGUUGCCGCCACAUGUGGUCGUGCUGGCCCGCUGCCAGCGCAAGGUGCAGCCAGGUCCGUCACUGCCACACACGCUCACGUUGUUGCAGCUGACAGACCUCCAGGCUGCGACGUGGGUUCGCGGCACGGCCAGCGACGUGACGGAGGCUGACACGACCGUGUACUUUUUGCCCGAAGUGUGGAAGUUUGACGGCGAGCUGCCCAAGAAGCGUCGGCUGCAUGACGACAGCGACGACGACGACCUCCAGUACUGCGUCCACGUGGCAGUGUUUGGCAGCGCGGACGGCGGCUCCGUCUAUACGAAGCUCACGUCCGCCGAGUCGAACGUGUUUGAUAUCCAGUCCACGAGGACCCUCCUUCGACAGAAGCAGCGCAAAAACGACACGAUGUGUGACCUCCAGAUUGGCGUGCCAGAGAAGAAGAAGCUCAAGAUCCUCGUGGUGCAGAACCACCAGAUGGACCGGGCCGGGUCGAUUGUCAUCGAGUCGUCCCCCACAGCAGCAGCAGCCGCCGCCGCCAUGUCCUUGAAAGACGAAGCGCUGCUCGUGGAACUCGACUUGGAAAAGGACAUCUUGUGGUCGGCGCCUGGCGAGCCCAUAGACGACGCCGUGCACCCCGACGCGGAAAUCUCGCCCGAUGUGGCGGAGGCGACUGUGGUGUCGUACGCUGCCGUGCACACCCCUUCCAACAAGCCACCGACGGCGACGCCGACGACCCCGGACGGCUCGGCACUGUUGUCGUGGAAGGAGCGCUUUGUGGCGGGGCCGUGCAUGUACAGCUUGCUGAGCAUCCCGCUGGGCGUGGUGUUCCUGGUGCUCCAUGUGCUCGUGCUGCCAUUUGCAUGGGUCGGGGGUCCCCUGUUGCACCUGUCGGACAGCAUCGCAGAUGUGGAUUUGUACCUUGCCAACUCUUUAAGUCCCCCCGAAGAACCGCACACCCCGCUGAAGCGACUGUCGGAUCGAUCAGGACUUAUCGGGCGGGUGGGCUAUUACGUGCUGGUCAAAGUUCCCGUUGCGUUGCUGGCGUUCGUCGCGUCGUUUGCGUUGCUCGUGGUGGCCGUGGUAGCUAUGGUCAUGCCGCCAGUGUCCCGCGCCGUCCGAGUAGCCUCCAAUGCUAGCGCCAUGUUGGCUGUGGACGGAUGCAAACGCGCCUGUGGCCAGAAGACCAGCGCCAGCCAACCAGCGGCAAAUCAACCUCCCCACCACCACCGACAAGACGCUGUCUAGAAAUGUAUCAACUUAUUGCUAGAACCAUAGGAAUCCUUUAUCAUCAUCCCCCCUGAACUUGAAUCAAUGAAUUUGCCCCACUGUACGUACGA